AUGAGGAAUGGGUAUGGUAGGAUUGGCAGUGAGACUACCCACAAAGCAAGAUCCACGGAUCAUGCUACCACUCCAUUCCCUCAAACCCAAAAAGCACCACCAACAACAACCAGCGAGAGUCCGAAGAGGGUGGAAGAUGGGAAGGGAGAGAUAUUCGGAGUGAUACUGGGUAGGAGUGCUUCUGUUUCAACCAGUUUUUCUUCUGCAUCAGGGGCGUUUGAGGUUACAAUGAAAAGGGCAUUCUCAAUGGGAAGAUCUUCAUCGGUUUCAGAGAGGUACUGCAGGAUCCAUGACACAGCAAUAGCAUCGCCGAUUGAAGAUGAUGACGAUGAUGAAGUUGAAGGUACAGCAAGAUCCAAGGAGGAGAAGGGAGUGAGGAUGAAGAUUAAGAUCCUCAAAGCAUAUAACCCUCGGAGAACCUCAAAUCAGCUAUGCAUUCCGGAUAUUAUACAGCUGAAGCGAAAAGCUGAAAAAAUAUAGUAAAUUAUGAGCCCGUGAGCACGGAGGCGAG